AUGGCCCAACUGGCGAGAACCCAGAUGAGCCCGAUGGCCUUCGCCUUGCCUACCGGUGACGAGCUCCCCGACCACCCUGCCAUCGACAGUGAGAAUGACGACUUCAGCUUGACCUUCACCGGACCCGUCGUCGUCGGCGGUCCCAACGUGACCCUCGCCGGGUCCGCCAAGUCCAUCUACCACCAGGUCGUCAAGCUCAACCCCAACUACGACGCGGACUUUUCGUUCAAUAAAUCCGAUGCCGAAAACUCCAAUACUUCUACGAGCACCUCCUCGAUGUCCAGUCUCCAGCCUAGGGAUGAUCAUGCCAUCCAGCGUAUGGCUGAUGCGAAUGACCCUGACCUUGGUCCUCAACAUGGCACCUUCGACUGCGACAUAGACGACAAGGUGGUCCACGACGCCGUGUCAAGGUGCAUUGAGGGUUUCGAUUACCUCCAGAAACUCGGAAACGCUGCUUGCGGAGCCGCACCUAAUUCGACCGCUCGCGUGAGCUGCUCCGAAAAGUGCGGCCUGUUCUAUCACAACCUCACACCUUUUCACCGCGACCGCCCUUGCAUAGAUGUCCGCAAUGAUCUCGUGAGGAUUUUAAGAAAGUGCGGCAACAGCGUGUGGCUGGGCGAGAGCUGGGAUGCCAAGGGGCGUCUGACUAAACCAGAUGGGAAGGACUACGUUGAACUUCGAAGGGACAAGUGCUAA